AUAUAUCCAUACAAUUUGUUUUAAGAUUAAUUAGAACGUAGAAGUCAACGUUAGUAAUUCUAAAUGUGUCCCUGAGGAGAUUUAAUCCACUUCAAUAUUUCUUCAAAUUACCAAUAAGCUUGGGAAUGCCACGAGGACCUAGAAGGUGCCGAGUUCCGCUUGGGAAAAUGUUCCGGAAAAAACUUAUAAAGCGAACGCUUGAAUUAGUUGGAGCUGUUGCGAUGGUCUACCUGAUGUUAGAAAUUUUGGAAGCUCAAACGAUGCAGCGCCCGGAAAAAGACAGGAACGUUCAAAGAAUGGUUACUCCCGAAGAAAGUAGACAAGAACAGCAACAAAAUGUUGUCGAAAAGAUAAAGGUUGAAGAAAUUAAACGACAAUCACCUGUUGAAGAUAAAGCCCCGCCACCACCUCCUCCUAAACCAGUGGAAAAGGAAAAGAAACCUGAACCUGUACUUCCAGCAUCGCCGAAAAAGAAAGAAAAACCUGAAUCACCUCGAGUAAUAGUUAAACCAGCAAAAGUAGUUAAAAAGCCACCACCUAAAGAACCAAAGGGACCACCUGCUGGUGGAGCAGGCAAGGGGAAGGGAAAAGCGGGACCAGAUCUCGGUGUCAGAACCGAUUUUACAAAUCAAGAUAUUCCAAUGCCGAAGCUUAAAUCAAGUGGAUACGUAUUGCCUAUGUUAUAUUUUGAUAUGGGACCAAACAACUUAUUUCGAUUAUUUCGUCAAGGUGUUGUUACCGCGUACGAGAUGGGGAGAAGUUCUGUUGUUCCAGUAUUCCACAGGCAUCCUCGUAUGGGAGACAAAGCAAAGAAUCCGUUUGUUUUACCUAUUUUUGAUACAAACUAUACGGUUGAUCUUGUAUGGCCGCCUAUGGACACAAUCGACAUAGGGGUAUUAAAAAAGGUUGUUCCAACUAUUGGUAUGAGAGAAUUUCAGAAAGUCUGCAAAAGCAAACUUGACGCUAUUGUCAAAUGUGGAAUAUUCGAUCAAAAACGAGACGACGGCAUAAAACAUUUUAGACGUGCAGCAAAUCUCAAGUUCGACAAAAUCAUAGAGGUAAAAACGUACGAAGAAUUGGUUCCCAAUGAUUUGAGUGCAGGAGUUGUCGGACCUGAUGAACACAGAUGUCUUGGCGUUGUUUAUGGUAAAAAGUGUCUUCCAGAUCAAGAUCGAUGGCUUGCAACAUUUUCUCGUAUAUCAAAAUCUUUUAAACGGCCGAUGGCAAUACGACAGUUCGCUCAAGAUUUUAUGGAAACAAAAAUGGGAAAUAAACAGUUUAUGGCGGUUCACUGGAGAUACGAAAGCGAUUGGCUGGACAUGUGUAAACCAUCAAGACCAAAAGGUGCUCGAGAAAGAAACAAAGCAAUUUGUAAGAUGGUGAUGGGAUUAGACUUCGAUGAAGAUAUUCGCAAAGAUUUUGUUCAGAGGUUAAAAGACAAAAUGGCAGAUUAUAACUUACAGAAAAUAUAUUUAGCAAGUCCUCCAAAUAACAUUGAGUUAAUUCGAUUGCUGAACGCAAGUUUUCCCGGAAACUUUUAUUACGCCGAAGACGUGUUGAAAUAUGCUGAGAAAAAACAAGGGAAAGCAUUCCUUGAUAACAAUUACAAAGCAUCAUUUGUAGAACAAGAAAUAUGUUUUAAAUCAACAUUAUACCUAGGAGCCGCUUUAUCAUCAUGGACACAGACAGUGUUAACUGAUCGACUAUCAAGAGGAAUAAAACGUCAUGAUAGUGUUCUUCAAGUAGUUGGAAACGGUGCUCCGGGAUUUCCUGAACUCGUAUUUCAAUUUCCAGAGGGUAAUUUUAAUUUUGGGGGAAUGAUUCCGGGAAAGAAGGUGUAACACAAUACUGCCUAUUAGUGAAAUUUUCUACUUAUUUGAGAACUUUUCUACGCACCAUGUCCGGCCGAAUAUAACCAUCUAUUAAAUAAAUCACACCUUGUUAGAAGGAUAUUCAAUCGAAAUUUGAAUUUAUUACGCUUCUGUUUUGUUGAUCAUGGCACAUUCCAUUGAAAUAUUUUCCCGGGCAGCAUUAUAUUUAAACGCAGUGAUUUUUAUUUUAUUUUAUGCAUACAACACCAUGAACAACCAUAUAGACUAGGGGUCUGCAAACUACGGCCCGCAGGCCGGAUCCGGCCCGCGGAGUACUAUAAUCCGGCCCGCGACGCUUCACUGAAUUAUAUUAACAAAACAGCUGUUUUGACGAUUAUAUACUUUACGUAACAGAAUUUAUUGUGAGACACUAGUAGACUAAAUUAUAUUAUCUCUUACAAGUAUAUAAUUCACAAUUACUCAUUUAAUGAGCCUAUAAUUUAAUUAUAAUUAGACAAAUAGCAACAAAACGCAGACAAGUUGAUGCUAAAUGCAAGUGGUUCGAAGGCGCCGAAAAUGUUCGAAUGGAAUUUCUCGAGAUGCAAUGCAAUGAAAAAUUAAUCUAUAUUCUAUUCGAGAGAUGUAUCACUGCUUGAUUUUUAAUAUAAAAAGUAUCAUCUGUUUGGUUUUCAACUUUUUAAAAAUAUGGGCGGCCACCAAUGACUUGCAACCUUUAAUUUUGGCCCGCGAGCGAAAAAAGUUUGCCGACUCCUGAUAUAGACAUAGCAAUACCGCAGUGGUGAGCAAACGCGUGCAAAAUUCCAAAUAAAUCAGGUCUAUUCGUUGUAUUGCUGCUUUGUAUUUAUAUAUGACAUUUUUACGGAAGUGGUUUGAUCAAAUUGUUUUUAAUAAGUUGCGAAUACCGUGGGCUAUGCUUCCAAUACUGAUUAUUAAUAUAAACCUAUUAGGGUUAUAUUUGUAAGCAUGUUUAUUUGCAUUAUCCGCUUCUCUAAUUGAAAUACGAAUAUUUAGAUUUUUUAUUUAGAAUAUUCGUAAUGUUUUAUCACUAUAAUUGAUACUGGAAAACCUUGCGUGACCCAAUGUCAUACGGUUGGAAAGAUUAGCGCAAUUUUUCAUCACGAGGAAUACAGUUAUUCUCUGUUGAAUCUUCAUUAUGAAACAAUAAUACUUUAGCCAUUUAGAAUUGUAUAAAAACUUAUAUAUAAGGACUUUACUAUUACAAGAAUUUCACAUUCCUCCACCAGCAUUUUUUAAUUCAUUGUUCGUGUUCGAUGUCACCGCAAAUCAGCUAUAGCUGCUUUUAUUUCAAGUGCGCCUUGUUUUAUAUAUUUAUUUAAAUUGCUUUUUUAGAGACAUAAUGUUAUGUCUAAUGUGUGUCUACUUCAUUCAUGUGAAAAUAAAAAAGGCGAUAAAAUA